AUGACUCAGCAUCCGGGCGAGGAACAGCGUCUGGCGCGAAUCACCUUCAUGUGUGAAUCACCUUCAUCUGAAUUAUUCAACACUGGGCAUGGAUAUAAGGACGUGUUCCUCAGGCUGUCCUCGGCCAAGCUGCGGCCAAACCCUGUGUUACAGUCCUCGGCCAAGCUGCGGCCAUCCCCUGUGUUACAGUCCUCGGCCAAGCUGCGGCCAACCCCUGUGUUACAGUCCUCGGCCAAGCUGCGGCCAUCCCCUGUGUUACAGUCCUCGGCCAAGCUGCGACCAACCCCUGUGUUACAGUCCUCGGCCAAGCUGCGGCCAACCCCUGUGUUACAGUCCUCGGCCAAGCUGCGGCCAAACCCUGUGUUACAGUCCUCGGCCAAGCUGCGGCCAUCCCCUGUGUUACAGUCCUCGGCCAAGCUGCGGCCAACCCCUGUGUUACAGUCCUCGGCCAAGCUGCGGCCAUCCCCUGUGUUACAGUCCUCGGCCAAGCUGCGGCCAACCCCUGUGUUACAGUCCUCGGCCAAGCUGCGGCCAACCCCUGUGUUACAGUCCUCGGCCAAGCUGCGGCCAAACCCUGUGUUACAGUCCUCGGCCAAGCUGCGGCCAUCCCCUGUGUUACAGUCCUCGGCCAAGCUGCGGCCAACCCCUGUGUUACAGUCCUCGGCCAAGCUGCGGCCAACCCCUGUGUUACAGUCCUCGGCCAAGCUGCGGCCAAACCCUGUGUUACAGUCAUCAGUUAAUGUGCUGAUGAAUAAUACAAAAAAACGAUAUGAAGUCAGACAUUCUUAUAUGAUCGCCAAGGUGAAACCCUUCGACCUCGGACAAGAAGGAGUGGAAAUUGUGCUCUACUUCUUGAGCGAAGAUGACCUCGAAAAGCUGCUGGUUGCCGAUGGAGAACUAUGCCAAGCGCUCCUCUGCCUCAACUAUCCACGUUCAUGGCCGCACGAACCGUCUUUAUCAGCGAGACCAACCAUUGGAUGUCAAGACAUGCAAAAUGUCAACGUCGAAGAUGAAAGGCAGAACGUGGACUACCAAAAGGACGACUACGAGGACAACCUCAACCCAGACUCCAGCACCACCCAAGACCCAGGCUGCACAAGCAGUAGCAUCUUCCACUCACUAUCUCAGCUGACGCGGUCGCCGACAUCCUGUCUACGCCUGCUGGUAACACCACCAACGCUCACGCGGUCGCUGCCACCACACCUCCACCACACCAAACCAUCGGCUCCAGACGAGCCUUCGGACUCAUCAGACGAGGAAAUCUCAAAAGAAACAGCAUCACCUCACCACCAAUUCAACAGCUACACCGUGCUGUUGACUCCUCAUGGAGGCCUCCUCACCAGGCUCCAACGACAGCACGGUCAGAUCAACAUGCAACAAGACCCAGUCGAAGAAGAAACAGAAGACCCAUAA